AUGGCUACGAAAAUAACUAUUGCCGAUCACAAGACGCUUAACGAGACGCAGUCGCUCGUGUCGGAGGAAUCCUUGACCGACGUGGGACCAAAACGCGGGAUUAAAAAAAAUGACGGAAAGACUGGCGAUACGGCGACAAUCGAUAGACGUCGACGUCAAUAUCCUCUUUGCGAUAUAAUUGACGAAAGAGAGCAAAAGAGAGAGGAAUUGGAGAAGGUGGAGGGAGAUCUGCGACAACGAUUGGACAUGCUGGAGUGCUCGAUGCCGGCGGUGAUGGUAUGGAAUAUCUGGAGAAUGUCACAGGGCGCGCCCGUCUGCAGGAUGAAACGUAUUCUGGAGAAACAAUUUAAAGAUGUAAGAGAACUUUCUUGUCGCAGUACACCGAGCUGCCAUUACGAUUGCAGGGUGCGAGAGGCCGAGGCCGAACGGAAGCUGGCGUUGAGGAAGGUGGAAGAGGCGCGGGCUCUCUGGUCGGAGAAACUUGCGACGUUGGAAGGGAGAAAGAGAAAGCUCGAUGAAGCCAGGAGAGUUCAGGAGGAGCAAAAGAAUGCUCUGGAACGGGUAAACCAGGAGGCCAGAGAGCUGCGGGAGGCGAUGGAAAAGAGGGCGAUGGUGGAAGUGGACGAAUCCUGCCAGUGCGGUGACACGCGAUGCAAGCGGAAACACCCCCGCAAAAUCUUCAGUGUGACGUCCGUCGAGCCCGAGGACAUUCAGUGCCUGGAAAAGCUGCAGCGAUUAGCGGAGCAGGAGGUGAUUAUGAAGCGAGAAAUUGCCGAGCUGGAACGCCGCGAGGAGGCUUACAUGAAAACGCUUCAGCAAGCCGACGAGCUGUGGUCAAAGAUGGAGGGUGAUACGGUUUGCGUGACGAACGGACUGCGGGAACAAUUAGAUAUGAAAAUUGCGGCCAAUCAACAACUGGCAAAUCGCGUAUGCGAGCUGGAAGACGCGCUGGAGAAAUGUCGGACGAGGCUGGCCGCGUGCAGGGCGGAGCUGGAGAAGUUUCUGAGUAUCGAGAAAGUCGAGGCCACGAUAGGUCGCGAUGACGACAUUGCGAGGGUGGCAGAUAAGGAAGUCGCCGUGAAGGCUAAAGUCGUCCAUCGGCCCAUCGGCAGGGUGGACGACGUGGCCAUGGUGAAGGACGACGAGGUUUUGGCGAAGGUCGAAGUUUUCGACGAGAAGAUAUUGGCGAAGGUGGAAGUCGCGGACGUGGAAGCGUUAGCGAGGGUCGAAGUUGAAGACAGAGAAGCACUGGCGAGAGUCGUCGUAACUGACGUCGACGCAGAAGUCGCUUUGGCUGUGGACGACAAGAUCGUCUCGGUUAAACCAGAUUUGGUGGAUCGCGCUGUCGAUCGCCCGGCGGAUCUCGUGCGAAUCGAGGACGCGGAAAUCAUAAUUCGACCGGAGGACUUUGCUUACGAGGAACAGAGAUUUAAAGAAGUUCGAGAAUACUUGGCUCAGUUAGGCUCGUUAGAGGAGUUGUACGAGGACGACGGUGUACCGUGCCCGCCUGAUUUCAUAUGCAACGGCGUGGUGCCGUCACCUACCGGCAUGACGGACGAGGAACUGAUUGCGUUAGGCGUGGAAGUAGAAAAACGGGAUGCAAUUCUGGAUGUGCCUGUAACGAUAAUCUGCGAAGAAGCUGCGGAUGACGUUAGAGCGGAGGAAAUAAAAAAGAUUGAAGCUGACCGAGGCGUCAUGAUAGAUCGCGAUACGAUUUUAUCGUGGAUCAAUAGGAUCGAUACAAUUCGCGCGACAGCAGCGAAACAUCCUGAUUGUCACACAGUUAAAAAAGAUGCUGAUAUCUUGGCAGAAGAAAUUAGUAUAUAUGUCGGGAUAAAACCAAAAGAAGUGAAAGAAGAAAUGGAGCCAUUGAAGGUAAGCAAGGGAAAGUGAUUGAGAAGAAUGAAAUAAAAACGAAAAAAAAUAAUGAAAUCGUAAUAAAUGAAACUAAAUUACAAGACGAAUUAAUAAUUUUAAAGGAUAAAGAAAUGGAGCCGACAAAAAAUGAAAUCAAACCAUUUCCUCUUGAAGAAACACCGGUAGACGUAAAAGCUCCAGUGGAAGCAAUAAUUGAAGCAGAAUUAUUGCCUACCCCUAUAAAAGAGGAAAUACCUACAAAAGAGGAAAUAGUUGUUGAAAAAGUGGAGAAAGAAGACGUUAUAUCUGAUCAUAUAGAAGAAAACGGAAAAAAAGAAGAAGAUGUAGAAAUUGAAAAAGAAGAAAAAAUAGUAGAAGACGAAAAAGUAGAUAAAGAAUUACUAGUGGCAGAAAUUGAGGAAAAAGAAGAGA